CUGUAGUCGCUCUGGCGCGGGCCCUUGUGGCCCGCUCACCUCCUGGCUGCGAUUUUGGGCCCCGUCCCGAGUUUUGGCUUAGCAGAAGCGACCCUGGGAAGCGCGAGGCCUUGAGCUGAGGGGGCAUGAACCUGGGUUCCCCACCCGCGCUGUCAUCUCGGCCAAGUCACUUUCCUUCUUUGAGCUUUUGGGGUUUGGGUCUGUAAGAUAAGGGUUAGAACGUGAACCCUGAGGCUGGUUCUCAGGAUUCCUAAAGCCCCCUCAUUCAUCGGGGAAGGGGGAGCAAAUAGGUGUUCCUCCACCUGUUUGUCCUUUUCUACAUGGUAAAAGUAACAUUGUAAGAUUUUGUAGUGGAGUUUUUUCUGAGACGACGGUGAAUGGGAAAUACCCACUUCCUACCCCACGGCCUGAUCUGCCUAGGAUGGAGGGGUGUAUUAGACUCCUUCGAUCAGCGCCCCCAACGGAUGAGCCACAGGCCAAAUCUGGCCUCCCUGAAUGGUUUUGACAGCCUUAAAUGAUUCAAACAAACGAGAAGGAUAUUUUGUGACACGUGAAAUGAUGUGAAACUGAAAUUUCAAUGUCUAUAAAUAAAGUUUUUUAGGAACACAACCGUGCUCGCUUGUGAAGGUAUUGUCUGUGACCGCACUGGUGCCACAUCCGCAGACCUGACGACAGUGGUGACAGAGGCUGCAAAGCCUGAAGUAUUCACUAUUCUGACCCUUUACAGAAGGCUCUAAUGACUUGACUUAGGAAAGGGCAGAAUAGGAGACAAAGCUGUUUUCAGCACUUCCUUUCUCAGCGAUCACUGCCAAUUUGGAUCCCCUUGUGGAGAGCUCAGCAUCUGCUUCUGGGGAUGAUAACUUGAUAACGUCUCCCAGGCUGGUGGUUUUUUUCCUCCCAGGAUUGUUGAGAGGAGUACACAGGAUCAGAGCAGAAGACUUGAGACCCCCACAUGUUAAGUGAUUGCUCCAGGUACCUUAGUUUGUGGGAAUCGGAGCCCAGCCCAGCCUUCUAGCAGCCUGCCACGAGAUCUAAAGGAGCGCUUGAUCAGAAUGGCAGCGGGAUGGUUUUACCUGUGCUGCCUGGCACUGGGGUCUCUGGGCUCCCUGUGCAUCCUCUUCACCGCCUAUUGGAUGCGAUACUGGCGUGGUGGCUUUGCCUGGGAUGGCACCGUGUUCAUGUUCAACUGGCACCCGGUGCUCAUGGUUGCUGGCAUGGUGGUGCUGUAUGGAGCUGCCUCACUGGUGUAUCGCCUGCCACAGUCGUGGCUGGGGCCCAAGCUGCCCUGGAAACUCCUCCACGCGGCCCUGCACCUGGCGGCCUUCACCCUGACUGUGCUAGGGCUGUUCGCCGUCUUUCAGUUUCACCAGCAUGGAAACAUCGCCAACCUCUACUCUCUGCACAGCUGGCUGGGCAUCACCACUGUCUUCCUCUUUGCCUGCCAGUGGCUCCUUGGCUUUGCCAUCUUCCUGCUGCCCUGGGCGUCCACAUGGCUGCGCAGCAUCCUGAAACCCAUCCACGUAUUCUUUGGAGUGUCUAUCCUCUCCCUGGCCGUUGCUUCCGUCAUUUCCGGCAUUAAUGAGAAGCUUUUCUUCAGCUUCCCCUGCUGCAUGACGGAGAGUGAAGCAGGAAAGGACUCCAGGAGCAGCUGGACCCCCCUCAGAAGCUCCUCUCUACCUGGAGCUCCCAUCAAGUUGUGGGUCUGGACCCAAACCUCUCCUUGCCUCCUCCUUGUUGGGCCCGCUCUUCCUCCCAGCUGGCUGCCCACCUGCCCUUCACUGUAGCUUUGGCUUCUGCACCCCUUCUUCCUGGCGUCAGCCUCUCCCAUCCUCCAUUUACACAAGGACCUCUUUGCCCUGGCUGCUCAUGCCGUUCCUGUGUCUGUCUGAAGCAACCGAGCUGACUCCCCCUAAGACCACUGGGGAUGUGGUUGAGAGUCCGAUGAGCUGGGACGCAGUUGGAGUUGUGUGAGCAGCCAGGGAGUAGCGUGCAGGUAUGGUCUCCUGCCCCAUACCCCACAGGAGCGGCCUCAUCUGUUAGCCCCCUGCAGCCUGGCCUGAGGCUGAGUGGGAGGGGCACAGCAUGGAAUGAGGCAGGUGGGGGCGGCAGAGCUGCCAUGCUGGGGAGAGGCUGAGGAGCGGCUGUUCUGCUCACGUCACUGCAUCCUGUUUGCGUGUGCUGUGACCAUGUGGCUCUGCCUCUUUUAGCUGCUCCGACAGCUGGGGCCUGGAUCCUGGCCUUUCCCAGUGAUGUACAUGCCUGUCCCCCUCAGGCAGCCCUGCGACCCUGGGAACCUGCUGUCCCAAGCUCUGGCUACCUGGCCUCAGCUGUCCCCAUUGGCUGAACAGCAGGGCAGCCGUGCACUCCUUGACCUCUGAGGCAGAUGCGGGCCUUCCUGCCUGCCCUGGGCAGUGUCCACCUUGCCAUCCUGGCAGGGUCUCUCCAGCUCAGUUGGUGUGUUUUUCCCAGCAGAGCCCAAGGAGCCACCACCCUCCAGAGGCGUUCCCUGCUGGGUAUCUCAGUGCCUCACCUGCCCACUCCCUGCCUGGCCCAACCCAGUCUACAGCGGCCCAGUGGCUCUUCUCCCACAGAGGGCAGGCAGGCGGGAGUCUUGCUUCCCUCCCAGGGGUGGGCGCUGGGCUUCCCCAACCUCUCCGCACGAGCCUGUAGGUCCAGGCCCCACACGGCUAUGCUCACAAGAGCUGUGCCACCAGCCCGGGGUCUGGAGUCUGGGUCCCGACCCUGAGGUUGAUGUCCAGCCCAAGCCCGCAUGGCCAGCUGUUGGUAGGAGGACUCUGCUGGAAGCUUCAAUUGGGUGAAGGGUGCUGAGCCAUCGGGAUGCCUGGCAGGCACCUUGGUCACAUGACAUGUGACCACCAUGUGGACAGGCAUUUCACUUGCUCACGAAGCUUGAUUUUCAUUAAACAUGUUUUAAGAAUCAAAGCCUUUUCUGCUAAACAACAGUGUGGCUCAC